AUGGAGCCGAAAGUCAUGCCGUCCUCAAUACAAGCCCUAUCGCUCCAGCCAACUGACGAGUUUCCAGAGGGGGGAUAUGGCUGGGUAUGCGUGGUCUCUAUAUUCCUGAUCAACGCUCAUACCUGGGGCAUCAACGGGGCAUUCGGAGUCAUCCUUUCAUUCUACCUCUCAGAGAACCAAUUCCCAGGGACUUCAUCUCUCGUCUACGCAGCCGUUAGCGGCGUCGGUGUCUCUUUCGCACUCCUGAUCUCACCGCUCGUGACAUACCUCAACCCUUUGCUCCCUAAGCGCACCGUGAUCGUCCUCGGAGCCAUCCUCAUUGCUGCCGCUCUUAUCGGCGCAUCCUUCACCACACAAAGCUGGCAACUAUGGCUCAGUCAGGGCAUCUGUUAUGGUCUCGGCAUGGGAUGCCUGUUCACGAGCACAGUUGCCAUUGCGAACGGGUGGUUCAAACGGCGCCGUGGAAUCGCAAAUGGUAUUGUUGCUGCCGGGUCGGGUACUGGCGGCCUGAUAUACUCCCUUGCCACGAACCACAUGAUCAAGCAGUUUGGGUUCCGCUGGGCGUUUCGCAUUCUUGGAAUCGUCGCACUGGCUGUGAAUCUCGUCGCUGGUCUGCUUGUUCGAGAGCGCCCGGGUCUUCCACCCAAGAAAGGCACCGGCCUAAUCUCCUCGUCCACCCUCCGGCAACCGACCUUCAUCUUGUUUCUGAUCUUUGGUUUCUUCGGCCUGCUCAGCUAUAUCUCGCUGUUGUUCAGUAUCGCUAGCUACGCCCAAGCUGUUGGGCUGGGAUCAAAUACGGGGAGCCUGGCGAGCGCGCUGCUGAACCUGGGCCAGGCAUUCGGACGGCCCUUGGUCGGCGCGCUUAGCGAUCGCUUCGGCCGAAUCAAAGUGCCCGCAAUCUCACUCGCCCUCUGUGGACUGCUUUGUAUGGUCUUUUGGCCGUUCGCGACAAGCUCCGGGGCCCUUUAUGCAUUCUCCAUCCUGGCAGGGCUCGGCGCGGGCACGAUAUGGGCGGCUGCACCGGCUGUUGCAGCGGACCUGAUUGAGCUGCCGCAGGUUCCGGGCGCGUUGACGGUUCUCUGGUUGGUUCUUGUGCCGCCGGGGACGGUCGCGGAGGUCAUCGCGUUGCAGCUGAGGGAAAAGGAGGGAAAGUGGACAUUGCGAGGUGGGUAUCUGCCUGUGCAGAUGUUCGUUGGUGCAACGUAUUUCGCUGCCGCGGGUGCGCUUGGUGGAAUCGUCCUUUUGGAGUUUUUGGCGAAGAAGGGGACUCAGCGUCAUCAAGUGCUUGGAUACUGA